AUGGAGCCACAUGAAAACGACAAUUUCGCUAAAAGUCAUCAAAACAUGCCUCAAAAUAAACCAAUGAGCCUACCAUCACCAUGGUCUACUUCUGGCCGUCUCAAUUCAGCCAGUCCUAACUUUCAACCAUUCUCAUUGGAAAAUCAGGCUGAUCAGGGUGCUUCACUGCCUCCUUCAGAAGAAGCACAAAUGACUUUUAGCGAAUUCCUGGAGUUUGUGAACAAAAACGAGGAUAAUUUACAACCUAUGUGCAUACUAAAUGCUGAAUCAGAAAUAUAUGCGAAAAUGUCUCCAAUCUCAAAACCCAACUGUGCUGCAAGUGAGAACAUGGGAUCAUCAUCAGAUGUAGGUUAUGAGAUUAACAAUGUUGGUGGAGCAACAAAAACUUUAAUCAAGGAUCUCUCUUCAACUAUGAAGCAGCAAUCUAACAUGAUGCAUGGAAAUGGAAUAGAUGCAGAGAAGGUUACUAGUAAUGUUGACUCUGAGAACACAAAUCUUGCAUCGCACUAUUUGAUAAUGGAUCCAACUGAACUGGACCAAAAUUUGGGCCAAGAUGUUAGUGCACCUGACACUACUCCUCAGCCUGAAAUCCAGGUAAGUGACAAAAAGGGAAAAGAGAGAAAAAGGAAGUCUAAUAGGGAUCUGCCAAAAAAAUCAAUGAAUCCGGAACAGGAAGAAUUAAUAAAGCAUCGUAAAAGAGUGGAUAAACUCUUACUUAAGAACGAAGAGCUAAAGGAAAAAAUUGACCAUCUUUCUCAGGAGUGUCUGAAUCUCAUAAAUGAAAAUGAUUCCUUACAGAAAGAACUCACUGAGAAGUAUGGGGCAGAAGUAGUAACAGAGAUGCUCGAGAACUUCAAUUCAAGCAUUUGA